AUGGGCACGGACUGUGCACCUUGCCUUGCAGACAGUGAGGCACCCGGAGCAUUCAUGAUCGACAUUAAUAGACUUUUUAGCACAGACAAGAAGGAUGCUGUGGCAUUCUACAAGCAAGAACACGACCUGACGGCGGACGAGAGACAGGAGUUGCAUCAGUUCUUCGAGGGAACGUACAAGACGACCACGGUCGCCAAGUCGUUUGUGGGUAUUGCGGCAGGGCUAACGAUGGUCUGGCUUGCCCGCCGUAAGCGAAAGAUCAGUCCCGUUUACGCUAUGGCGGGAGGCAUCGGUAUUUCGGCGUUCGUGUUCAGCUACAUGACGCCGACCAUAUACCAGAGCAAGCUUCAGGAGCUUGAGAAACGGUUCGGGAAGGAUUCCAAGGUAUACAAGGUCGUGGAGGUUACACCAGAGGGCGCAGAGUACUCAUACUACUGGUCGGAGUACUUUAACAACUCCAUACUCGACCAGACCGUGAGACUGAAAGACCCUUCAAAACCGCCCGCAGCGGACAACGACGUUGAGUUUGUGGACGCCAACGUCUCGUUUGGCCAUCGCUCCAUUGAGGACCACCUCAUUGAGGACAACCCUGCCACUGCCAAAGGAUCUAGCUGGGAGAAGGUGAGGGCGCAGAACCAGCAAACGGUGGAGAAGAAGGAGUAA